AAUCCCCGUGAAGACAAACCCUAUCGCGAGUGACCGGAUUAGCCACUAUUAAUUUAUAUUACAUUGUGUGGAAAACUCCGUUAAAAUGAUUAAAAACGGCCACCAUGACACGGAGGGACAACUUGGAAAAGGCGGCCGUAGUAGUCCUACCGCAGGUUCAGAGUGCAGCCCGGAGAAAAGGAAGCGCGUUGUCCGGCUUUGGUGUGACGGCUGUUAUGACAUGGUCCACUAUGGUCACUCAAAUCAACUGCGGCAAGCUAAAGGCAUGGGGGACUACCUUAUCGUUGGAGUGCAUACAGAUGCGGAAAUCUCCAAGCACAAGGGCCCACCGGUCUUCACUCAGGAAGAGCGCUAUAAAAUGGUGCGGGCCAUCAAGUGGGUGGAUGAGAUCGUGGAAGGAGCACCCUAUGUCACCACGCUGGAUACUCUGGACAAGUACAACUGUGACUUCUGUGUGCAUGGAGAUGACAUCACGCUGACUGUGGAUGGCAAGGACACAUAUGAUGAGGUGAAGCGAGCAGGACGUUAUCGGGAAUGUAAACGCACGCAGGGAGUGUCCACCACAGACCUUGUUGGACGUAUGCUCCUCAUGACCAAAUCCCAUCAUAGCAACAUGGAUAACCCAGAUUAUCAGCAGCAUACAGACAAUUUUGGGAAGGGCCCCAAAGGCCACAGUCCAUGGACGGGAGUGUCCCAGUUCUUACAGACGUCCCAGAAAAUCAUCCAGUUUGCCUCAGGGAAGGAGCCUCAGCCCGGGGACACCAUCAUUUAUGUCGCCGGGGCAUUUGACCUUUUCCACAUCGGCCAUGUUGACUUUUUAGCAAUGGUCUCCAAGCUGGCAGAGAGACCCUACGUCAUUGUAGGUCUACAUUUUGACCAGGAAGUGAAUCGGUACAAAGGAAAGAACUACCCAAUCAUGAACGUCCACGAGAGGACCCUGAGCGUCCUGGCCUGUCGGUAUGUGUCAGAAGUGGUGAUUGGUGCACCCUAUGCAGUGAGCAGAGAUUUACUGGAUCAUUUCAAGGUGGACCUGGUUUGUCAUGGCAUGACCAAAGUAUUUCCCGACAAGGAUGGGUCGGACGCCUACGCUGAGCCCAAGCAAAGAGGGAUAUUUCGGACCAUCGAUAGUGCAAAUAGUCUCACCACCGAUGAUAUCGUUCAGAGGAUCAUUAAAAACAGGCUGCAGUUUGAAGCCAGGAACCAGAAGAAGGAGGCCAAGGAGAUGGCGGUGAUUGAGGCCAUGAAGAAGACAGAGGAGCAGAGUGAAACGGUUCAUUAGAGAAAUGGCACUCUUUAGACUCUAUUGCUUCCGUAUGGGAUGUACUGGCUCUAGUUCGUUGGUGAGCUGACCCAUGGUGGAAGAUCCAAUCUGUCUCAGCAAUUCACAGCUACAGUCCAUCCAGCUGGUUCCAGACACUUGUUUGGGAACAGAAUCCUCGUUUGUGUCUCUCUGCUGCUUAAUGGCUUCUUUCUGUGCUCUGCGUCAGACCUGUUUUAGAGUUAUAUUUUAAUCCUCAAUUUGUUCUUGUAAUCACACAGUACAUGCCCCAUGGCUGUAUAAGUAGUAUGUUAAAUCUCAAAUUUAUUAGAAAAAUAUUGACACUUAUUUUGGAACAUUACUUUUUUUAAGAUGAUCUAUUUUAGACUUUUCAUGGAUAAUGUUUAUUUUAACACAAUAAGAAUAAUAAUGGAUUUUAAAUUGCUGAAGAUUUUGUCAGUCUUAAGCGUCUUACACAGGAUACAUUUCUUUAGAAAGAGUCUUGUGAAUAUCAUCUUACAAACUGGAUCAUUAACUACUACUUAAUUACCUGGAGAGCUGUGUGAACUUGAAUAUCGCUUUUCUGCCUUUGGUACUCAAAGCGCUUGACGCUGCUUUCUCGUUCACUUACUGAUGAUAUAUCUUUGGGUCUUUGGGUUUUGGAAAAGCGCUAUACAAAUUUAAUGAAUUAUUAUUAUUAUCAGGAGCAACUGGUGGUUGAGUGUCUUGCUCUUGGACACUUUGAUAUGGUCACAACGGCAGAGUAUCAAACAGCCAACCUCUGGGUUGGUGGACGACCACUCUACCACUGAGCCAUGCUGCAUGUUUGUUUGUGUGUGGGUGUGUGUGUGUGUGAGCUAAAUACAAAGUUAAAGGAAUGUUGCUUUCAAGGCUUCAUUCUUAAAAGGUAUAGCAAUUAUUAAGGUUAUGUAAACUAAUUAAAAUGUUAACUCCGUGGCUUCCGUUUUUCUUCUUCCCCAGAGAAAUGUGCCUUAGAAAAUAAGACUAAGAAAUAUUUUUGUUGUAGAAAAUGUCUGCAACGUUUUGCAUCUUGCUGUGAUAAAACAAUGUAAACUAA